ACAGUACAACGCGCCAAGGACACCUUUACAUGCACCACAGAAUACAUUCCAUUCGCAGUUUCGGCUGCAGGGUUCUGCCGCGAGGCGUUGGCUGAGCUCGAGGCCAGCAAGACCGUGGAUUCCGACGAGUUCGAAAGAUUCCGGCAGAAAUGUGAGGCCAUCCCGUCUCUAGACGUAAAGCGUGCGGCCUUCGCCAAGGAGCGACGUGUUCGCCAAUUAGCUUUCUACAGUGCGUCCAACCUGCUCGCCUUUGCGCACAAGAAGCAGGGCAAGCGCGACGACAUCUCCGUGUGCGCUGCAGUUCUCGCGUGA